UUUAGACAAUAUUCUUGUAAGAAUAGGUGCGUUCUUUUAGCGCAGAUUUCUGCAGUUCUGUCCAAUUGUACAAAUUGCGGUUUAUUUUGUGAACUGCGCAUAUCUGUGAACUGAGGAAAUCUGUGCUAUAAGAACGCACCCAAAGUUCUGGGUCUGCGCAGAAUGAUCGCUGUGAACGCCCCCAUUAUCCCAGACAGACACACACAAUCACAUGACAAGGCGAGCUGCUUGUUUCCUGGCUGCUCUUGCGGUCUCCAAAUCCACCUCUUGUAACACCACCUUUCAUUUUUUAUUGUUUAUUUUAUUAUUAUUGCCGCGGCGCGGGUCCCCGUGUUGGCAUGGCGGAUGGCGAGAAAUCCCCGCUCCUCUCCUACGAGCCAAGCGACUUAGCAAUCGGCGGAAGCGGCGCAGUGUUGCCCGGGACAGCUGCGGCGGCGUACGGGCUGCCUAGCCAGGCGCAGAACCUCCCCUCAGUUCUCCCAAUCGAGGAAGACCCUCCUCCUUACUCCCCAAUGACGUCGGGCAGCACUUCCACGAUCAACUGUCGUGUGUGUCAAUCUCUCAUUAGUGUGAAGGCAAACAGCCAGCAGCACCUUGUUAAGUGUGGGGUCUGCAACGAGGCAACGCCCAUUAAGAACCCUCCUCCUGGUAAGAAGUAUGUACGCUGUCCUUGUAACUGUCUCCUGAUCUGCAAAGCAACUUCACAGAGAGUGGCUUGUCCCCGUCCUUACUGUAAGAGAAUUAUAAACUUGGGUCCGGUGGAGUCAGGUUCAGGUCCUCUCAGCCCAGAGCUACAGCCUUGUGGAGCCAGAGUGAGCUGUGGACACUGCGCUCACACAUUCCUGUGGACUGACUUUACAAAGAAGAAACUUGCCAGAUGCCCUCACUGUCGGAAAGUGUCCGUUAUUGGGCAACGUUACCCCAGGCAACGCUGUGUUUACUUUUUCAUGCUGGGUCUCUUCUUUGCUGUCAUCGCUGGAGGAAUAAUGGCUGGCACUUGGCAGGAGGCUGAGCAUUACGGAGCAAUCUAUGCCGUCUGGGCUUUGGUUCUGGUUCUCUGUGUGAUUUGUUUGGGUUGGGCUGUUUACUGGACCCGCAUUAAAAUCAGCGAGCCUGUACAGAACUACACGUAGAGGGAAAGA